UCUGGCUGUGGGACGCGGCGGAGGGAAGGAAGGAAGGAAGGGAAGGAACGAACGCAAGGGAAGAAGUGUCGCAGAGGCCGGAAAAAAGUUCCGAAACACGAACAAAUUACACACUGAUUCGGCGGCGGGAUCAAAGAGGAAGCUAACAAACGUUGGCGGCAAAGGGCAGGCGAAGGAUUGCGACUUUUGAGGAAGAUUCCUCAGUGGGAAUGUCGCCUGGCUCGUGCGAGGAGCUGGAAGCCAUUUGAGGAAAGGAAAUGAUGUUUACUAAAUAACCCCAAACACGAACAACACUGAGCAAGAACCUGCUGGUCCAACCUGGACCUGUUGAGGAAGAACGACUGACCCGGACCAAAGCUUGCCGUUCCAGCACCGGGCUUUCUCCCGCCAGGACAGCAGGCGCGUGGUGUCCGGCCCGUUGAUCAUGCGGUACUGAGGAGGCAGCGUGUGUUCUUCUCCGUAGCGGCACCACGACCUGGACCAGGAUGGGGAAGGAGCAGGACCUCCUGCAGGCGGUGAAGAGCGGAGACCUGCCGUCCACGCAGAAGCUCCUGUCCAAGCUGAGGAGCAGCAGGAGCAAACUGUUGGGGUCCACAAAGAAACUCAACGUCAACUACCAGGACUCAGACGGGUUCUCUGCACUGCAUCACGCCGCCCUCACGGGGACCGCCGAGCUGCUGGCGGCGCUGCUGGAGGCGCAGGCGUCUGUGGAUGUCAAGGACAGCAACGGCAUGCGUCCCCUCCAUUACGCGGCGUGGCAGGGUAAAGCUGAGUCGGUCCUGAUGCUGCUGCGUUCAGGAGCAUCUGUCAAUGGAGUCUCCUUGGACGGACACAUCCCUCUGCACCUGGCUGCCCAGUACGGACACUACCAAGUGUCGGAGAUGCUCCUGCAGCACCAAUCCAACCCCUGCCUGGUCAACAAAGCCAAGAAGACACCUCUUGACCUGGCCUGCGAGUUUGGACGAGUCACGGUGGCCCAGCUGCUGCUGAGUAGUAAUAUGGUGGUGGCAUUACUGGAAGGGGAGAGGAAGGAGCCCACUGACUCCGCCUUCACCACGCCGCUGCACCUGGCCGCCCGCAACGGACACAAAGACAUCAUCGUGCUGCUGCUCAAGGCGGGCAUUGACAUCAACACCACCACCAAGUCUGGCACCGCCCUGCACGAAGCUUCGCUGUACGGGAAGACCGAGGUGGUGCGGCUGCUCCUGGAGGCUGGCGUGGACGUGAACAUCAGAAACACAUACAACCAGACGGCACUGGACAUCGUCAACCAGUUCACCACGUCCCACGCCAGCAGAGACAUCAAACAGUUGCUCAGAGAUGCCACAGGUGUUCUGCAGGUCCGAGCUUUAAAGGAUUUCUGGAACCUUCAUGAUCCCACCGCUCUCAACAUCCGGGCCGGGGAUGUGAUCACGGUGUUGGAGCAGCACGUGGACGGACGCUGGAAAGGUCACAUCCACGACAGCCAGAGGGGGACGGACCGGGUGGGCUUCUUCCCACCCUCCAUUGUGGAGGUCAUCAGCCGGCGAGGCGGGGGCACCUUAUCCCGGCACGCCUCCCUGCCUGCUCAGCGUCAACAACUGCUGUCCAGAGCCCCCCUGUCCAACAGCCUCAGCUCAGCCCCUCAGACUGACGACUCCUUCAUGCUGUACGCUCCCCCCACCCAUGUGGUUCCUCCACUCAGCAACGGCCUGGCUGCAGGUGCGUCUCCGAGCCACCUGUCUCAAACCGGGUGUCCCUUCCAGGACAUCUGGGUGCUCAGGGACACGUGUCAUGCGGGAGACAGGAACAGUGUCGGAAGUACCGGGAGCGUGGGCAGCACUCGCAGCGCAGGAAGCGGACAGAGCACAGAGAGCAACAGCGUUCCCAACGGGCUACAACCCUCCACCGGUCACCAUGACAACAGCAGCAAGACGGCAUCCUCUACUGGUGAGUGCGGACGCUCAGACAAGCAGCACCUUCAUGCUGCAGAUGUUCAGGCGUGUGACCCCUGUGCAGGUGUCACCCCCCGCAGGCCCACAGUGACGGUGCAACAACCUGCAGAGCAGACCUUCAGCCAGCAGUUUGUCCGCCCUCAGCAGCUGCUGGAUGGAAAGGAUGCCGAGGCCAUCUUUGAGUGGCUGAGAGAGUUCCAGUUGGAGCAGUACACUGGGAACUUCAUCAGUGCCGGCUAUGAUGUCCCGACCAUCAGCAGGAUGACACCUGAGGACCUGACAGCCAUCGGCGUGACCAAACCUGGACAUCGCAAGAAAAUCUCCAUGGAGAUCAACAAGCUCAACAUUCCUGAGUGGCUGCCGGAAUAUAUCCCAUCGGAUCUGGGCGAGUGGCUCAGCGCCAUUGGGCUGCCUCAGUACCUGAAAAGGCUGUCAGAAAACGGCUAUGACAGCAUCAGCAUCGUCAAAGACCUGACGUGGGAGGAUCUGCAGGAGAUUGGCAUCACCAAGCUGGGCCACCAGAAAAAGCUGAUGCUGGCAGUGAAGAAGCUGUGUGACAUCCACAGGGCCGUCGCUCAGGCCCAAUCCGACCAGGGCACAUUGCGACGCAAAGGCCCCGGAGCGCUCCAUCUGGUCGCCAUCGAGCCACCAGACGCCGGCGGGGAAUGCUCAUCCCCUCACUCACCCAAGAUGUUGACCUUCCAGGACAGUGAGCUGAGUGCCGAGCUGCAGUCAGCCAUGUCAAGCCACUACGCGGACUGUGAAGAUGGCCUGGUCUUCAACAACACUGUGGGUUUGUCCCAGAGCCAAGACAGCAUCGACACCAGAUCCAGAGGAUCUGGACGCUCCCAGGAACCGCCCACUGCCUCCGUCACACCCCACAGCUGGUCCCAGGAGAGCCUUGACAGCAGCCCCGCCAGGGACAGGAACCUCCCUGAGGGUUGGGACCAGAGGCCCCUCCACAAGCAGGUCCCUCUGGGAACAGCCACCGUGUUCAAGUACCCCGCCGUCUCAGCCAAACCCAAACUGUCCCGCUCUCACGGCUCGUCUCCUGGUGGAUCGCCAGCAUUGAAGGGCUUCAGUUACCUGCACUCUCACUGUGGAUCCACAGACCUCCACGCGGCCACCAGACCUGAGCACCACAGCCAGACUCUGGCACCUGCCAAGAAACGGGCCCACAGCCUGAACCGUCACGCUCUGUCUGAUGGAGAACCCGACGAGGAAGACGAGGAGCCGGCUCUUUCUUCUGGAAACGUGCCUUCAUACGCCACCUUAUCCCGAAAAUCCGGCCGCAGUCAUACGGCCCGAAUACAGUCCAGUUCAGAGAAGAGCGGUACCGUGGGCCGCAGUCAGUCUUUUGCUGUGCGAGCCCGGAAAAAAGGCCCUCCUCCUCCCCCUCCCAAGAGACUGAGCUCAGUAAGCAGUAGCACCAGCGGUGAGCUGAGCGACAGCAGCACCACGUCGUCUGGUGGCGUCGUCACUGACAGUCCAGGAAGCGUGAGGAGCAUCACAGCCUGUCUAGAAGGAACUAGAGAGGCCAAAAACCCUCCAGGUCCCAAACAUGACCCUGUUCUGUUGGAGUCCAAAGAGACCCCAGGGCUGAGGCGGAGGGUGCAGAGCGAGUGCCUUCAUGUGCACACCUGCCACCGUGUGGAAUCAGACAGGGGAGGGGUCAGGUCCGAUGCGGAAGAAGCAGCAGCAGCCAAAGGUUGCGGACUUGAAGGCUCGUCAUCCCCUCACAACAGCUCGAGUGAGUGCAUCCCCUUUGCUGAGGAGGGCAACCUGACCAUCAAACAGAGGCCUAAAGCUCCGGGACCCCCCAGAGCUGACGCCGUGCUGGAACCUCUAGAGAAACCUGCCGCCAAGAGCCUGGAAGUCCCCGAAUUCAACCUCAAGGAGUCGGACACAGUCAAGCGUCGACACAAACCCAAAGACAAGGAUGGAGACGGGCCAGCCGAGGCCGAGUCAGCCCACGGUAGAACACAGGACCAAGAGGAAGACGUCUGUUUGAGAAUGAGUGAGGGCGGUCUUAACAAAGCGUCCCCCAUCAAACCUCUGCUGUCCCCAAAACCGCCGCUCAUUGCCCCAAAACCUGUCCGUCACAGUCUGCUGGCAGUGCACGGCAACGCACCAACUGGACUCGGGUCUCCAGCUGUGAGUUUCAGUGUGGUCCAAAGUCUGGCCUUCUCCUCGCCGUCCCAUGGGCCCCCAGCAGUGACCCCUCAAAGCCCCUCCCUAUCAGCCGCUAAAGAUCAGCCUCUGGUGGGUCAGGGUGGGACGGAGGUCCAGCAAAGGCUGGAUGAGACCAGCACGUCCCUGGAAGCAGCCCUGAAGGCCGUGGAGAGGAAGUUAAUCAUGGACGAGAAUGACGGAGCCAACACGGUCAAGUCGGCAGGAACCAUCCUGGACGACAUCGGGAACAUGUUUGACGACCUGGCCGACCAGCUGGACGCCAUGUUGGACUGAAUCCAGGCCUGUCACAAUAAAAGCUCAGGAAGUGACAUGAGAAAAAGAUGUGACACCAGCACUUGGAUUCCUGUUCCGCAGGAUCAUCUUCUUCUUUUUCAAUCUUUGUGUGAAUUGUUCAUGAGAGAGCUAAAGUGUCACUUCCUGCUGCAAUGCUGCCAACAAGGAAAAACAAAACUGUAUUUAUUGGAGUCCAAGUGUCUUCAGCGAGAUGCGUGAAUGCAUCAUGAAUAUUUAAAACACUGGAAUGAGCAAAGACCAUGAAAAAGAAAAUAUUAUACGUGUCAAUCAGGACUUCAUGACCUGUCGUUUCACAUUUCAAACCUCAUUCUUUCCUCGCCAGUCUCAACAUGCAUUAUAUAUAUAUAUAUAUAUAUAUAUAUAUAUAGAUUAUAGAUUAGUUUGACUGUGAAAAUGAACAAAAUAUUUCCUUUAACUCCCAUUUAGACUUUUUUAUUAUAUUCAUUAGCAUGACGUUUGUUAGCAAGGCUAAUGUUUGUAUAUCUCUUAUUGGGUAUAAAUGUGUUUAUUUUAUACUUAUGUUUAUUAGCAUGUUCAGGGACCAUGCUAAGUUACGUGAUCCGUCAGAGCGCCUCCUACAGUCCAACAGUAAAAGGUUAGGAAUGGCGAGGAAAGGGUGAACGACUAGACGGUGUUUUUAAAAGGGAAGCUAACAUUUAUGUCUAUAUAUACAUAUACAUAUAUAUAUAUAUAUAUAAAUAAUUGUAAGUACAUGUCUAUUUUCCACACAUUUAUUCAACCAAAGUCUUUGUUCAAAUUUUGCUGUUAUCAAAACAUGUUUGUGUCAGGUCGUGUGACCUAUGCCUGGUGUCCUUUUGAUACAUGAACUGACAUUAACUGACAUACAUGACUGUCAUUAAAAGGAAAAC